AUGAAUGCUGGUUUUGAGGGAUUUUGGAUUUGUCAAUUGUCAUUGGUGUUCAUCCCCUCUCCCGGGCUGAGCCACCUCGUCUCCACUGUCGAGGCUGCCAAGCUCCUCCUCGACCGGGACCCACGCCUCUCCGUCACCAUCCUCGUCAUGAAGCUCCCGACCGACCAAACCGUCGACAAAUACACCCGAACAACCCCGAUCACCGCACCCCGCCUCACCCUAACCCACCUCCCUAACCACGACUUCGCGCCAUCCCCCGACCGCAUACCCAUGAUUGACUUUAUCAACACCCGCGAGACCCACGUCAAGGAAGCCGUCUCGGGCCUCAUCUCCCGUCGGGCCGGGCAAAUGGGCUCUCUUGUCUCGGGCCUCGUCCUCGACAUGUUCUGCACCGUCUUCACCGAGAUAGGAGAUGAGCUCGGCCUCCCGUCUUACGUCUACUUCACGUCGGGCGCGUCUGCACUCGGCCUCUUCAACUACCUCGUCUCCCUCAAAUUCGAAAAAGGCGAAGACCUCACCCGGUACAAGGACUCGAGCCUCGACCUGCCCGUCCCCUGCUUUUCGAGCCCUGUUCCGGCUAAAGUGCUGCCCGCCAACAUCGUCUCGGGCAGCCCAGUUUUCUCUACUGCCCUCGGCUACUUCAAGAGAGUGGUGGACACGAGGGGGGUCAUGGUCAACACAUUCGAAGGGCUCGAGCCCUUCGCGCUCGAGUCCAUAAAAAACGACAGGAGGAUGCCGAGGGUGUACCCGGUGGGCCCGGUGCUGAGCGCGGAGAAUCAAACCCUAGAUGGCGAGUUGAAGGAGUGGCUCGACAGGCAGCCGGACAGGUCGGUGGUGUUCCUCUGCUUCGGGACGAUGGGGAGCUUCGACCGGGCCCAGGUGGCGGAGAUCGCGGCGGGCUUGGAACAUAGUGGGGCCCGAUUCAUCUGGUCGCUGAGGAAGCCCGGCGGCCCAGGUAAGCCCGGUGGGGUGUUCGUUCCCCCGACCGAGUACGAGGAUUUCGGGAAGGUCCUUCCAGAAGGGUUCUUGGAACGGACUUCGACGGUCGGGAAGGUGAUGGGGUGGGCCCCACAGGUGGCGGUGCUUGCCCACGUGGCGGUCGGGGGUUUCGUUUCGCACUGCGGUUGGAACUCGACGCUCGAGAGCAUAUGGCACGGCGUGCCCAUGGCCACGCUCCCAUUGCGCGCGGAGCAGCAGAUGAACGCGUUUUUGCUGGUGAGGGAGCUCGGAAUUGCGGAGCCGAUUAGGAUAGAUUAUAGGAAGGAUCUUUUUUCCGGGGAGGGCUCGUCGCCGGAGAAUAUUGUGGGGGCGGAGGAGAUAGAGGCAGCGGUAAGGCGGCUGAUGGCGGCCAACGAUGGUGGGGUUAGGGAGAAGGUGAGGGAAAUGCAGGGGAAAAGCAAGGCGGCUCUGGAGAAAGGCGGAUCGUCUUAUCAUGCUAUAACUAGUUUUAUUGAGGAUAAGCAGAGAAUAAUUUUCAUUCCACAAAUUCUUAGGCGAGACGGCAUAAGUUUAUCUGUCGAUGACUUCGUAUUGCUCCUAUGGGCAGUGCCCCACCUGUGGUUCAUGCACAAUUCAUCCGCUGCUCCGCGUACAUCGGUACACCUUCCCACACGCUCUCGAGCACCGAGUUCCAUCCACAGUGACGACACGAACCCACCCACUGCCCAGUGGCCCAACACCUGCGCCUGCGGGGCCCACCCGAUCACCCUCCCGAGCCCUUCCGUCCGCCCGACGAACCCUUCUGGAAGGACCUCCUCAAAUCCUCGUACUCCCCGGGCACCAUCUUGGCCCCGCGCGAUCUCCCGCACCUGCGCCCCGUCGAAGCAUCCCCUGCUCCCAAAACUACAGAGGAGUCCCAAACUGGAUGCCACUGUCCUUGUCCAACACUGCAUUGGGGAGCAAUUUUGCCGGGAUGGACGAUUUGAAGGAUGGGAUUCGAAUCUCAUCAUCCGAGUCCGCAUACACCGUCAGAUCUUGAUCCUCGUAAUCGACGUGAAGUACACGUACGUGGGGACGGCGAGCUCACGAGCCACGUCAGCCAUGCCCGUGCAGAACAUGUCGACGAUGAAUCCAGCGGGCCGGGCCAUUAAUUGGGCCGCCUCGUUUCUCACGUGGUCCUUGUGGCCGUCGAUGUAUCGGGUGAUGAAAGGGACGAACGAGACCAGUGGGCCUGGAGAUGGCUCGACUUUCGGGAUGUCGACAAAGAGGAUUCUCGGGUCGGAACCGUACGAGGAUGGGAUGUAGCCGUUGGGUUCGAACGGGGGCUUGAUGAGAAACACGGUGACCGAGAGGCGUGGGUCCCGGUGGAUUAGGGCCUUCGC